AUGCUUCAUCAAUGGUUUUCAAUUUUAAAUUCGCUUACCGUUGUCUUAUUUCUUUCGAGUAUAGUUGUUACUAUUCUUUUACGUAUAUUAUGUAAAGAUAAUCCGCGUUAUAGUCGAAUAGUUGGUACUGGUAGUGCAAAAGAACAAUUUGGAUGGAAGCUAAUUAAUGGUGAUGUAUUUCGUCCACCACAAAAAUCUAUACUUUUGUCUACUCUUGUUGGUAAAGGUGUUCAAAUUGCAAUGACAUUUUUAAUCACAUUAGUCUUCGCUACACUUGAUUUUUUCUCGCCAGACAAACCUGGUGCUUUACUGACUUGUCUUAUCCUAUGUUAUAUUAUUUUUGGCAUUCCAGCUGGUUAUACUUCAGCUCGUUUAUAUAAAAUGUUUGGCGGUACAAAUUGGAUGAUAAUUGCUCUAACAACAACUGUUACAUGUCCAAGCUUAAUUAUUCUCAUGUUGGUUUUUGUAAAUAUUCUUCUUUGGGCAAGUAUUAGUUCAAGAACUCUUCCACGUACUACAUUUUUAGCAUUACUUGCUCUUUGGUUCUGCAUAUCAACACCAUGUGUAUUCAUUGGAGCUUAUCUUGGUUUCAAACGUUCAGUUUAUAAAAAUCCUCUUCCAAUUAAUCAAAUUCCAAGACAAAUACCUGAACAGCCUUUUUACACUAAACCAUUAUUAAGUAUGUUAAUCGGUGGUAUUCUUCCAUUUUGUUGUAUUUCUAUUCAACUAUCUUUCAUCUUCAAAAGUAUUUGGGCUCAUCAAUAUUAUCAUGAUUUUGGAUUUUUACUUGUCGUAUAUAUAAUUCUUAUAAUUACAUGUUCGGAAAUAACAAUUUCUCUUUGCUAUUUACAUUUAUGUACUGAGGAUUAUAAUUGGUGGUGGCGUUCAUUUUUAACAUCGGGUUUUACAGGUGUCUAUGUCUUUCUCUAUUUACGUUUUUAUUUUGUGACUGAAGUAAAAAUAUCUGAUGGAAUAUCAAGAUUUUUUUAUUUUGGUUAUACAUUAAUGGUAACAUUUAGUUUAUUUUUAUUAACCGGUACAAUCGGUUUUCUUGCUUGUUUUUGGUUUGUUCGUAUAAUCUAUUCAGUUAUCAAAUUGGAUUACAUGAAGCAAGCAUCGAUCACUGAUAUAUCUAAUUAUUUUAAAUGAAGUUUGGUUGAUAAUGGAUCAGUUUUAAGCCAUCUAAACAUUUCAUAUCCUUUUUAUCCUUGAAUCUAGAUGAUAAAAUCAUGUAUCCCAACUAAUUAUUAUAUAUAUUAUAUACGCUAUGAUUGAUUUAAAAAUCUCUAAUAAUAAAAUCUC